AUGGCUGAAACCCGCGAAAACCCAAUGGCCGCCGCCCUCAUCGAGCGCUGCGAAAUCGCGCCGUCGCCGGACACGGUGGCGGAGCUAACUCUUCCCCUUCUCCACUUCGAUAUAACUUGGCUCUACUUCCACCCUGUUAAGCGUCUCCUCUUUUACGGUUUCCCUUGUUCGAAACACCAGUUCUUGGAAACCAUCGUUCCCAAACUCAAGGAAUCUCUCCUCCGAACCCUCAAUCAUUUCCUCCCCCUGGCCGGAAACAUUGUUCACCCCAUCAAAUCUGGCAGACCCUUCUCCCGAUUUGUCGUAGGAGACUCGGUUACGCUUACCAUCGCUGAGUGCAAUAAAGACUUCAAGCACCUAACGGGAAACCACCCCAGAGUCUCCGACGAGUUGUACGCCUGCGUCCCUCAGCUCCCGCCGGCGAAGCACUCUUCAGAUGCCGUCAUAUUACGCGUUUUAGCUCUGCAAGUGACGCUGUUUCCUGGACACGGCGUUUGUUUGGGCUUCACCAACCACCACUCCAUCGGCGAUGCCAGCACCAUCGUCCGUUUCAUCAAAGCCUGGGCCUCCGUCAACCGAUUCGGCGGCGACGCGAAGCUGAUAGAUGAGAAGUCACUGCCCUUUUAUGACAGAACCGCGGUCGCAGAUCCUGAUGGACUGGAUUCCUCAUAUUGGGACCUCUUGAAGAGAUCCAGCUCCGUGGAGCCUCGCCGUCUCUCCUUCCCUCUCAACAAAGUCCGGGCGACUUUCGUCAUCAGGAAAGACGAUAUCGAGAAGCUAAAAGCCUUUCUCCUGAGGAGAAGGCCCGAAAUGCACAUCACCGCGUUCACAGUGACCUGUGCCCUGGUCUGGGUCUGUCUCGUCAAAGCAGAGGCCGGGGCUGUGCCGGACGACGAGCCUGAAUACUUCGGCUUCGCCGCGGACUGCCGCGGACGGCUGAAUCCGCCUCUGCCGGCGACAUAUUUCGGCAACUGCCUGGCGUUUGUCAAGGCGGAGUCAACGCACGGGUUGUUGAGAGGAAAGGAAGGGUUCUUGGUUGCGGCGGAGAGCCUGGGACUGGCUAUACAGAAGACUGUGUAUAACGAGAAGGGAAUUCUUGAUGGGGCGGAGGAUUGGCCGGUGGAGUUCCGGAAACUAAUCGGAAAGCGGCUUUUUGGGGUUGCAGGGUCGCCGAGAUUCGAUCUCUACGACGCGGAUUAUGGCUGGGGAAGGCCGAAAAAGUUCGAAUCCCCUUCCAUCGACGCGGAGACAUCCAUGUCCCUGUGCAAAUCCAGGAACUUCGAGGGUGGAUUAGAGUUUGGCCUGUCCAGGACCAAGAAGAAACUGGAUUCAUUUGCAGCUGUUUUCACCGAAACAUUAAGGAAUCUGUGA